CGCUGCCGACGGGACGCAGCUCAACAUUAAAGAGGAGAAAGACAACGAUUUUUGCAUCAUCAGGCUUCCGUGUGAGAGUUUCGUGAUCCAAGAGGAAGAAGAGGGAAGAUCCUGCAGAAAUGGGAUUCGUCAAAGUGGUGAAGAACAAGGCCUACUUCAAGAGGUACCAGGUCAAAUUCAGGAGGAGGAGAGAGGGGAAGACUGACUUCUUUGCCCGCAAGCGCCUGGUCGUCCAAGACAAGAACAAGUACAACACGCCCAAGUACAGGCUGAUCGUCAGGCUGUCCAACAGGGACAUCUGCUGCCAGGUUGCCUAUGCGAAGAUCGAGGGGGACCACAUCGUGUGUGCUGCCUACUCACACGAGCUGCCCAAAUAUGGCAUCGCCGUGGGCCUGACUAACUACGCUGCAGCCUACUGCACUGGCCUGCUCCUGGCUCGCAGGCUGCUGAAUAAGUUUGGCCUGGACCAGGUGUACGAGGGCCAGGUGGAGGUGACCGGGGACGAGUUCAACGUGGAGAGUGUGGACGGCCAGCCGGGCGCCUUCACCUGCUACCUGGAUGCCGGCCUGGCCCGAACCACCACAGGGAACAAAGUGUUUGGGGUGCUGAAGGGCGCGGUCGACGGGGGGCUCGCCAUUCCUCACAGUGUGAAACGCUUCCCGGGCUACGACGCAGAAAGCAAAGAGUUCAACGCAGAGACACACCGGAAACACAUCAUGGGCAUGAACGUGUCGGACUACAUGUCGUACCUGAUGGAGGAGGACGAGGAGGCCUACAAAAAACAGUUUUCACGCUUCAUCAAGAACGGAGUCACGCCAGACACAGUAGAAGAGAUGUACAAAAAAGCACAUGCCGCCAUCAGAGCGAAUCCCGUACACGAAAAGAAACCAAAAAAAGACGUCAAAAAGAAGAGGUGGAAUCGCCCCAAGUUAUCUCUGGCACAGAGGAAGGACCGCGUCGCCCAGAAGAAGGCCAGUUUCUUACGAGCACAAGAACAAGAGGCAGGGGACGGUUAGAGACUGGGCCCUUCUCCAGAGACACAACACACCACAUCAGAAUAAUAAAUUUAUUGCAAACACAA